AUGCUCAUCAUCAGUGAUGAUGCGGCAAACACGAGCGUUUGCUUUGGCGAGAUGGCAAGCCCAGAGAAGCGCAGACUAUUGCACAACAGCCGGCGCGAGACGAUUGUCAACGAUGCGGCAGUUUCACGUACAGUCAAGGCAGAGUCGACGGAAGAAGCCCUGCUGUGCAAAGAUAUGCAUGCCAUCAGCAUGGUCGACUGUCUAGCCCAAGCUAUCUGCACACCCUCGUCACCUGAAGCGGCGGUACCGCUCAUUGACUUCAACACUCCGUCACCUAGUAACAUAACAAGCCAGCUGACAGCGUCAGACUCGCCCACCCAGUCUGCAGUGAUACCUUCUCUACUCGAUCUGCCCUGGUCGCCGAUGGCAGCGACUGCCUGCCCUGCUGGUUCAUCGACACAACUUGACGAAGAGCUACAGCAAAAUAGCGUUCCCAACAUUGUAGACUCUCCCGCACCAAAAGCAAUGCCAAUCCCGUUUGAGGUUCAGACUCGCUUGCAAGAGCCAGUCCUGAGCCAGACUAGCAGUCAGAGCGUCGUAGCGCGCCCAAAAUCGCGCUUGCCCGUGCCUGUUGCAUCUACUUCUCGUCUGCCUCGCGUUACGCAAGCGCCACGUCUGCAUGAGCAAAGGGUAAACGUUAACGAGUUAGCAUCGAUUAGCACCGUUACACCUGCAGCCUCCAUCGCCAGAGGCAAAGUAAAAGUGCAUUCUCCGGGCGCAAUAGAACGAGCCGCUAUGAAAUUGUUCGGACCUGGUACAGUUGCUACUUCGCCCAGCGAACAUGUUUGCAUCGAGCCGCCGGCUCUGACGAAAGGACGAAGAACGCCUGCUAGGGCUGUUCAGAGAGCCACGCGCGCCAUGCUUCCAUCGGGCCUGCAGGCGCGACAGGCUGGCGCACCAGAGAGCGAAGCUCCUGGUCCAACGAGCACGAUCGAAAGUGGGCAGGAAGUAGGCGGUAAGGUCUUGCGAGGGAAGAAGACGAAGAAGAAGCCGAGCCUGACGCCUGCGCAACUACUGGCAAUCACGAAGAGACAUACAGAGCAGAACAAGGCGCACUACAAUGCUUUCGAAACGUUUACAGUGUAUAAGGACAUCAAUAGACCGCCGAGUCCGUCCGAACGCCUCAGACGGUCGUCCGAUCCCGCUCUGAACGCCGCCACUCGAGGAAGUCGUCUACUCAAACAUCAGUCGUCAUUGGAUCCCCAAGCAACUGUUCGAAGCCCGACAAAGUCGCACAGGUUAGCACCUGGGGAUGAGGAAAGCUACUCGACGCCUUUGCAACCGCUCAAGAUCAAGCUCAAUGCAGAACGAAGUGCAAGCGGCACAACGAAACUAAGCAUCAAGAAGCCUGCUGGACGCGUUCGUUGGGACAAGGGUCUCGUUUCUGACGAGCCUGCUCCCGAUCUCUUGACGCCCAGAACAGUGCGAGUGCGGGAGCGCGAGCUGCUCAAGAAGCCCUCGCUAGCCAAAAGCUUCACUGGACGAGCUUGGCAAUCUGGGCAACCAGGCUCCGCUGUCGCCCUUUGUGGCUCGAACGUCGGUACCGAUCGCGAGGGUGGUGUACGCAGAUGA